GUGGGGAACUGGGAACAUAAUCUUAGACCGUACGAUGAAUAACCUUCCGAAACUUUCUUCCCUAGACGCUGUUUGGAUUAUCCAGUUUUAAUUGGUUUGCCCAAAGAAGUUUCGCUCCAAAAUGACAGAGACUCCAAACAUGCCGAGGCCGCACUCAUUUCAGUCAUUUGCACUGCUGCGCAACAAUCAUCAGUUUUUCUGAUGAAGCCUCCUCCUUGACGUGUAGAGAAGAGAGAGAAAGACAGAGAGGGGGGGGCGAGGGAAUGGAAAAAGGGAGAAGAGUGGUGGUCUCAGCUCUGCAGUUCGCUUGCACAGAUGACGUCUCCACAAAUGUCGCCACUGCCGAAAGACUGGUUAGAGCUGCUCAUGAAAAGGGUGCAAACAUUAUUCUAAUACAGGAACUUUUUGAGGGGUACUACUUUUGUCAGGCCCAAAGGGAGGACUUCUUUCAGCGAGCUAAGCCUUAUAAGGGUCACCCAACAAUCCUGAGGAUGCAGAAACUUGCAAAAGAGUUGGGGGUGGUGAUACCAGUAAGCUUCUUUGAAGAGGCUAACAAUGCUCAUUACAAUGCAGUAGCCAUAAUUGAUGCUGAUGGUACAGAUCUUGGACUUUAUAGAAAGUCUCAUAUCCCAGAUAGUCCAGGCUACCAAGAAAAAUUCUACUUUAAUCCUGGUGACACUGGCUUUAAGGUAUUCCAGACUAAAUUUGCAAAGAUUGGAAUCGCCAUCUGUUGGGAUCAGUGGUUUCCCGAGGCAGCCAGGGCUAUGGUUCUUCAGGGUGCAGAGAUAUUGUUUUAUCCUACUGCUAUCGGUUCUGAACCUCAAGAUGAAGAGCUUGAUUCUCGUGAUCACUGGAGGCGAGUAAUGCAAGGGCAUGCGGGGGCAAAUUUGGUACCUAUAGUAGCUUCAAAUCGCAUAGGAAAGGAGGUAAUUGAGAGACAGCAUGGAAAAAGUGAGAUCACAUUCUACGGGAAUUCUUUCAUAGCAGGGCCUACUGGAGAAAUUGUCACAGCAGCUGACGAUAAAGAGGAAGCUGUUCUUGUUGCAGAAUUUGAUCUGGAUAAAAUCAAGUCCAAGAGACAUAGUUGGGGAAUAUUUCGUGAUCGGCGUCCGGAUUUAUACAAGGUGCUUCUGACAUUAGAUGGCAACAACCCUAGACUGUGAUAUUCACCUAUUACUACCUUGUUGAGAUAAUAAAUAUAAGUAAUUUAACAACUUUCAGUAACAAGCAUUCUCCUGGAUCAUAAACUUUACCAGAUCUGGCUUUUGGGGCAGAUUGGGGGUGGGGGGAGUGCAGAGGGCAGAGGAAAACACGAACAACUAGAUAAAUAUAUCAAAUGAAAACAAGUAAAAUUGUUUGGUUGCCUUGCAUUGGAACCUCACAUGUAAUAUGCUUUAUUGAACAGUUAUUAGUAGUGUUAUUAGUGUGUCAGAUAUGCAAAUCAUACAGUUCGAGUAUCUA